GAAAGUAGUGACUAUCUGUUAGUAUCUCACAGGAUAUGAGGAGAAAUUUCCACAGGCACAUUAACAUUUUCCAGUAGAUGCGAGUGACUUUGUGAGCAGAACGAUGUUCUCCCUUCUUAGGAGACCCACACUGACCUGGUCCACGUUGAUGAAAGCCAUUCAGCAAAAUCACAGGUCAACCAUCUACAGCAAGCCGCCCAAAGAAAACAUCGGGCCAGUGCAAUCUUUCUUUGCCAUAUGUGUGUUUGCUGUGACUCUCUUGGGCCCGGCUGGAUGGAUCUUGCAUCACAUCCCAGACUACCGACAGAGAUCACCUCCACAAACCUGACUCCCAUGCACACAUGUUACUGUGUGUGGAUUUUUCCAAUGUGUAUGUCAUGAAGGGAAGUAAAACUUGAUGAUGAAACUGUUUACCCUCUAUAAAGACUUUGAUAUAAUA